UUUAUUUCCGCUGCAGCAGCGAGGACGGACGGGCACGUCAAAAAAGAAAGGAAAAUGUGGACAGUGAGGACAAACUAAGGCCGGAGAAGGAUCACGGAACCCACCGCCGCCACUCAUCGCCGAGCUCGGUUGCUAGGUAGCGGUUAUCGUUCAAAGCUGCCCCCCGGUGAAUAUUUUUUUUUUACUUUCGUUCAAAAGGGUCGUUUUGAGGUGAUCUCGGGGCAUUUUUUUUGAGGAAGCCAGCUUCCCCCCCCCCCAUCCACCUCCCCCCCUCACACCCCUCCAGCUAGAGAUGGGGACGAGAGCCAGUCGCAUUCAGGAAGACCCGCUUCCCUCUCCUUUCCGAAAAGAUGGCACGAAGAGAGAUUCGUACCGGCGAGCCCGCUGCCCGCGGCCCACCAGCCUCGUCGUGGAUUUCUCCGUGAGCUUCGAGGAGACGGAGGCCAACCAGAGCCGAUCGGAGGAAGGCAGCGACUCGGAUUUGGGGCAGCACGGGGCGAGCGCGGACGGCAGCCCCGCCGACCACCACCACCAUCACCACCACCACCACCACCAUCACCACAGCGGCGGCGGCAGCGGCAGCGGCAGCGGCAGCGUCCCCUCCGGCAUCGGACAGGCUUCGCCCGCCGCGGACGACGACAACAACAGCGACGGGAAGCCCGAGGAGGAAGGCACCAUGAGCCCGGAGGCUCCGGCCGACGCGGAGCUCCAGCCCGGAGCGGAGACAGGCCCCACGCCCCACCGCACUUUCUCCGAGCGGCUGCCCGUGAAUCGGCACUCCUCCUCCCGCAGCGUCGGCCCAAGAUCCGUCCGGGUCCGGGGCACGCACCAGCGGCCGGUGUCCGAGGCUUGGAUCGGCCUUUACCGUGUCAACAAUCGCCAUGGCAAUAUCCGAUGUCCUUUCUGCUCGAAGCCUUUCCCCGGGGGGCGGAUUGAGGAUCACCUGUUGAGCUGCCUCACCUCACCUCCCCUACCGUAUAACACGGAUGUGCUCAGCAAAGACAGCGGAGAGUGCUCUAUCUGUUUGGAGGAUCUGGUUCAGGGAGAGACCAUCGCCAGACUGGCUUGCCUCUGCGUCUACCAUAAGAGCUGCAUCGACUCCUGGUCCAAGGUGAAGCCCUGCUGCCCCGAGCACCCCUUCGAUUGACUCGCGUGUUCUGCCCCAGUGACCAACCCCGACUCAGGAGACUACACUGAAUCCCAAUAAGAUCCUAAUAAACGUGUGUAAUUGAACAAACAAAAAGCUCGCCGUCCCUCUCAGACGCCAGUAUUUCAGCGGACGCUCUCCUCUUGGAAUCGCAGAACCCACAUUUGACCCUCCCACGCCAAAAACUCCACGACGGCCGCUCCAAUUAAAUCUGCCUCGUGUGAACAGAAGUGCCGGUUGUUUAAUCCGCUGAAGAAGAAGAAGAAGAAGAAGAAGAAGAAGGAAAAAAAAAUAAAUAAAUCUUAUCAUCCCGGAACGAUCUUGAACCUGGAAGAAGAAAAAAAAAAAGAAUCACAUUAACUGUGACUCUGGAUCCUCUCCUGUGUAUUUUUAUCUCCUUCCCAACGGGAUAUUUUUAUUUUAUCAAGUAUUUUGCAAAAAAAAAAAAAAAAACAACUAAAAACAAACAAAAAAAAAAACAAAACAAAACAAGAGUAUUGUUCCACGUCACGCAUCGGAUGAAUGUUUUCUUUCCUCGGCUCGCCCCAGAUGAUCCGACCUCACACUGAAAGCGUGAACACAUGGACGUUGCCUCUUUACUUUGAACCAGCCGGAGGGUGAGGGCUUGAUUUUUUUUUGGUGAAAGGGGAGGAGGCUGCUGUUAAUAGAUGUUUUCUGUCAGCGUUUCGGAGGAAGUUUUGGGGGCUAAUUUCUUCUUCUUCUUCUUCUUCUUCUUCUUCUGUUUUUACCCCCCCCCUCCCUCCCCCAGGUCAGUUUCUUGUAGGUUAGCGCUGAGUUUUGAUGAUGUGCUGCUGCUCGGUGACCGUAGUUGCCGUAGUAGCGCCGUUUUGAGCACUUUUUUGUCCGUCGAGGCUUUUUUUUUUUCUUUCUUUCUUUCUUUAUUUUUGUCAUAAGUUCUGGGAUAAGAUUGAGUGUGUUUGUGUUCAGACGACAACGACCAGGGACAAGAUAUGUCCUGAGCAUGACUGUAUAUUCAACUGUGUGUGUGUGUGUGUGUGUGUGUGUGUGUUUACUGUAAAUUGCCCAGAGGUCUGCUUGUUGAAGAAGCGGGUUCAAAGCUUUUCUUUUUUUUAAUUUUAAUUUACUGCAUUUUGGUACUCGACAUGUUCCAGUUUUUUUGUUUUUUCUUUUUCUUGUGUCCCCCCCUCCUCCCGCCUCACUCUCAAACUCUCUACAGGGGUGUAGUCCGGAUUUUUUUUUUUUUUUUUGGACCAGCUCCCGAGUGACAGUUUCGCCAUCUGGCUGCUUUAAUGCCGGAUCGCGGGAGGGGGGAUAAAGGGACGAAUGGAUGGAGGGGUGUUUUUUUUUUUUUUUGGGGCAUGUUUACACCAUGUGGCAUCUGCCUCUCUCCGCAACACUGGAGGCUAUGGACAGCUGAUGGUUAAUUAUUACAUAAGCAGCCCUCUAACCCUCACCCCUCUCUCUCUCUCUCUCUUUUUUUUUUUUUAAAUAAAAAAAAAAAUAGGAUUUCUGCUAUUAUAUUACAACGUUGCUCAUGAUUAUGUGUUAAACAGCUUUCUUUUUGCCUUUUCUUUUGCGUGUCUUUUGCGAUUGCCUUUGAAUGGUGACGGGGUGGUGGUUGUUUUUUUUUUUUUUUAUAUUUCUUUUUUUUUUGUUGUUUUUUUAAGGGCUGAACCCGAGGUGGUGGUGAUGGUAGCGGCCAAAUAAGCGACGGCUGCUCGUCAAAUGCUGUCUAAGAGACAGGUUGCGGACAGGCCAGUGGAAAGAACAAAAAACAUGAAAUGAAAGGUCAAUCUGUUCCAUGCGAUUAACUCGGUGUGGAUCGGUUUUAGAGGUCCGGUCCCCCCCCCCCCCACUCCCCUCUUCCCCCCCCACUUCUUCCCCAGCCUCUGGGUCUCUUCUCUGUUGUUCUACAGUCUGAGGUGCUACUCCCUGCCCCGCCAAUAGAGGGCGGCCCUGUGCAUGUUUCUCAUAUUUUGUAUUUUGAUGAUAGGACAAAAACAACAACAACGACAAACAAAAAAAAAAAAAAGAUGCCUGAAGUCUUGUUUGUGCGAUUACGGGGGAGGCAUCGAUCACUAGGUGUUAACAUUUGCUGUGGUGAUAAGUUAUGAUGUUGUAUACUUUUGGCUGGGAGGGGUGUGGGGGUGUUUUGUGUGUUUCUGAGGGGUGGUGGCGGCGGCGGCGGCGGCGGCGGCGGUGGUGGUAGAGGAGGUUGAGGAGGUUGGGUUGUCACUAAUGAUAACAAGACAAUCUAAAACCCCACAUUACUCUCUUUUACUUUCCUACCCCCCCUCUAAGAUGUGCGGUGCAAUACCUCAAUUUCUACCAAUGCUAGCUAAAUGCUCUGUGUGUGCGUGUGUGUGUGUGUGUAAACUAGCUCCUCUCCAAUCAAGGAUGGUGUUUUGUAUAAAUGUCCCUAAAUCCACGGCCUGGGGUCGCCGCUGCGUCCGCCCCCGCCAUUCGAGGCCAUUAGACAAGAAUGUUGUUUUUUUUUUUUGUUUUUUUUGUUUUGUUUUUUCAAAGAGUCACCACCGCAGCGGCGUCUGCAUCCACAAGAAAUGGACAAUCUGCCUUUAACUCUGGUAUAAAGACGAAAUUGAAUUUUAUUUAUUAUUAAAUUGUAAAUAUGUAAUGCAAUUUAAGACAGAAAAAGAAAAAUAACGGCUCGGUCCUUGUCUGUUCAAUAUACUGUUUCUAAGCUCCGAUCUUUUGUAUGUCUCAGAAAUUGUUUUUAUAUGUAUUUUUUACAAUAAAUAUGUGUGACAGA